AUGCAUUUCAAAUACGCCGCUCUUGCGCUGUCCGCAGUGCUUCCUUUCUCCUCGGCGCAGACUUACUCGGACUGCAACCCGUUGAAGAAGACCUGCGACCCCGUUAGCGGUCUGAACGAGGGUUCGUAUAGCGCCGACUUCACUGGCGGCGAGGGUGCUCUCGACAAAUGGAAGACCACCGGCGGUAAGGUCUCCUUUGGCUCGGAUGGAGCCGAGUUCACCAUCAACAAGAAGGGUGAUGCUCCCACCAUCGACACCAAUUUCCACAUAUUCUUCGGCAAGGUCGAGGUGACUAUGAAAGCGGCGCCCGGAACCGGUGUGGUCAGCAGCAUUGUCCUCGAGUCGGACGUCCUCGAUGAGAUUGACUGGGAGGCUCUCGGUGGAGACACCACUCAGAUCCAGACCAACUACUUCGGCAAGGGCGACACCUCGUCCUAUGACCGUGCCACCUUUGAGACCGUGGCUACUCCUCAGGACACCUUCCACACUUACACGGUCGACUGGACCAAGGAUCAGAUGUCCUGGGCUAUCGAUGGCAACGUCGUGCGCACCCUUGCCUACAACGAUGCCAAGGGUGGCACUCGCUUCCCCCAGACCCCCAUGCGUCUGAGACUGGGUAUCUGGGCCGGUGGUGACUCGGACAACGAGGAGGGAACCAUCCAGUGGGCUGGUGGUAGGACUGACUACAGCGGCGCUCCCUACACCAUGUACGUCAAGUCCGUCAAGGUCACCAACUACAACCCCGCCUCGUCCUACACCUACACCGACAACAGCGGCAGCUACGGCAGCAUCAAGAAGGGCGACGCCAAGGUCUCCGAGUCGUCGACCACCUCUUCCCAGUCCAGCGCCGGUACCACCUUGGCCACCAGCGUUUCUUCCGCUUCUUCCAAGUCCGAGGCCGAGGCCGCUACUACUGCCGGUGCCACGACGACCGGUGGCUCUACCGCGACUGGUACCGGCGUCGGUGCCGCCUCUGCGACUGGCGCUGAGACUGCCUCCGGGGCUGGUGCUGGUACUGCCUCCGGGACUGACGCCGCUGCCACUACCGGCGGCCCUGGCUCUGGCUCUGGAUCUGGAUCUUCCUCCGUCACCUCGACCGGCUCUGCCCAAUCUGGCAGCGAGACUAGCGCUGGCUCCGGCUCCGGCUCCGGCUCUGUCAUCGGCUCGAGCCCUGCCGGCGGCGCCAGCCCCUCGGGCACCCCCUCUCCUUCCGGCUCCGUCUCGGGUGCCAGUCCUUCUCCCAGCCUGUUCCACGGAGCCGCCUCUCCUUCGACGGGCACUUCGAUGGUCUUGGCCAUUCUGGGUCUGAUGACCGCCAUGCUGCAGUUGUAA